UCUCAGAAAACAUUACCCUUUAGUUGUGUUUUUAGCGUGCAGCUUCAUUGUGUACUGGAGACUUCCAUCUACAGGAAAAAACACAAUUUAUCACUUUUACAGUUCAUGUGCGUCCCUGGGGUAUUUAAAAAUCCUUCAAACUCUUAAAACAUUUAUUCUAAACCAACCCUGAGCUCUUGUUGAGAUGUGGUCCUUUAGCUGAUGCACAGACGGAAAAAAAAAUUCUCUUUGUUUUUGCAGAGCUCCAGUCACACACCAGCAGCCGAGUGAGCAUCAACACACUCCGCCUGUGUUACGCAAAACACAUGUUGGAUUAUAACGGAAUCUCAAUGCUGGAUUGACACCUGACAGGAAAUCAUGAUACUUGUUGGAAGGGUUUUCUAUGUUUCCGUUUUACUUCAAGUGUCUUUCUGCCAAGAGUUUGACAUCUCCACACCUCAGUCAGUGGAGGGUCUGAGUGGGUCUUGUGUGGCCAUUCCCUGUAAUUUCAGCGUGCCUUCCAUCUGGAAUAAAAACCUGGAUGAGUCGUGUAGGGCCAUAUGGAGGAGAGGCUGGAGACGGACGCAGGUGUUUGAUUCUGGCCUCAUUGGAGAAAACGUGAAACAAAACAUCAUCCAGGGUCAGCUGAUGGGGAAUCUGCGUGAAGGCGACUGCACUGUCAUCUUUCUUAACCUGCCUUCAAACAGUUAUGAUGAUUAUUACUUCAGACUGCAGUGUGACAACCCGCUCAAGUACAACUUUCCAGCAUGGGUCCGUGUCACCACCCAAGUUUCACUUCCUCGACCAACGAUAACUCCGUCCACGCUACAAGUAGAAGAAGGAACUCCAGUAACUCUAAGCUGCUCAGCUGUUUCUCCUUGUCCUAUUCUUCCUCCUGUGUUGACAUGGACACCCGGUCUCGGUGACUCAGAGAAUACUCCAACAGCAAAACAUGUGAUCUCUGUCAUGAACUUUAAUGCUUCUUACCUCCACAAUGGACAGAAGGUUUCCUGCACGGCUCUCUACAGCCGACAAGCGGGAUACAACAACAUAUUUUUUGAAAAAUCUCUAACUGUGCAUGUUUUUUACUCCCCACAAAACACAUCGGUUGGUAAUCCUGGUCCAGUUAUAGAAGGCAGCUCGGUGACUCUGACCUGCAGCACUAAUGCGAAUCCAGCUGUGGAUGACUACACCUGGUACAGAGUUGAUGGAGAGGAAGCAGCGGAGGUUGGAUCUGAGAAAACACUUUCAGUCAAAGUCACAGAAGCUGACAACCAAUUUUUCUGCAGAGUCAGUAACAAAUAUGGAUCCCAGAAUUCCUCCAUUGCUCAGAUAGACAUUCUGUUUUUUCCGAAGGAAACCGCUGUGGUUUUUGAACUUUCUGGUCCAAUUCUGGAGGGCAGCUCAGUUUCCCUGCUCUGUAGGACCCGUUCAAACCCACCAGUGACCAACUAUACCUGGUACAAGGAUGAUUAUGUGGUCCAGGAGGCUGGACCAGUCUUAUCCAUUGACCGAAUUGAUCCCAGCUACAGCGGUAGCUAUCAGUGCAUGGCAAGGAAUGACCUGGGAGAAGAAACGUCUGCAAAGAUCCAGCUGAAUGUUCAGUAUUCUCCUAAAAACACCUCAUUCUCAGCUGACCCUCCUGGCCCAGUUCUGGAUGGGAGCUCUGUGACUCUAACCUGCACAACCGCUGCCAACCCAGCAGCAAACUUCACCUGGUACCGAGCUUCUGGUGGGGAAAAGGAAGUGGUCGGAUCAGAGCAAGACUUCACCUUCAACGUGACUAAACUCUCAGAGGAUCAGUAUUACUGUGAAGCUCUUAAUAUCCAUGGUGCUGAUUACUCAGAAGCUGCGAGUAUUGAUGUCAUUUUUCCUCCAGAGAUCCUACCUUCUUCUGGCUGCUUGAAGAUUUUAUCCUGGUUUCGAUGCUACUGCAAAAGCCAGGGUAAUCCACUUCCGUCCUUGGUUUGGGAAUUGGCUGGGGAACCGGUCAAUCACUCUGCUGAGAUCCCGAUCCGAGAGGUGACCAUGGGACAAGGGACCAUCAGGAGUCUCAUAAGCCUGUACCAUCUAAAUGAGGACAUGCCCACUCUGGUGUGUCUCAGCAGCAACUCGCUGGGCUCUGAUAGUCUGGCUUUUAAUGUCUCCUCCUCUGAUACACUAGGUCUCCACUUUGUGUCUCUGCUGAUUGGUUCUGGUGCUGGAGCUCUGGGGAUGAUGGUGGUUUGCAUCCCAUUGGUAUAUCUUGGCAGAAAAAGAAAAGGCAUCCCUUUAUUUAACAAGAAAUUGACGGGCACCGCAGAAUGUGUUGUCACCAAAGUGGCCAACUCUGCACCAGUGGAUGUGAAAAAUGGAAAUAAGGUCACUGUCGAGGAGGAAGAGUUCCAAGACAAAGAUGUUCUCGUCUAUGUGAACGUGGACUUUGAUAAACUCCGGUCCGCAUCAGAGGGUGAGGUCAGGGAAAGGGAAAUCAGAGGACUGGCUUCAAAAACAGCUGAGUAUGCUGAGAUUUGCCUUUGCAGCAGAGGAGGUAACCACAAAGAAGCAAAAGAGGAACUUGCAGACACACAUUUGGAACAAGAGCACAGCAUUGAUGACCCUACAGAGUAAAUUUGGGCUGCAUGGUGGCACAGUUGUUACCACUGUUGCCUCGCAGCACGAAGGUUGCAGGUUCGAAACUCGGCUGCGGCCUUUCUGCGUGGAGUUACGUGUUCUCCCCAUGCAUUCGUGGGUUUCCUCCGGGUACUACGGUUUCCCCAAGCCCCCACAAUGCGGCUCAAAAAUUGAGGCCAACCCGAGAGUACCAAAAAUUGCAGUUCCACCCUCAUCCGCUGGGGGCUGGUGUCAGAAGCGAACAAAUCCUCAUUGACUCCCAUGUUAAAAAUACCAAUUUCACAGCAGAAAUAAACAUGUUUACAGCCUGGUACCAAAGCAUGUUUUUGGUUUAAAUGAUCUAGUUUACUCUCAUGACAACUCUGAGGGAGGUGAAUUUUUUUCUUACUCUUCUGUUUAGGUGUAUUAAAAGCCUAAAAUUCUGUAUAAUUAAUGAGCAUCAGACCCACGUGACCACAGAGCUAGCUCCGUGGAAAGGCCUCAGUAGAGCCUCGGUCUGGCUUGGAAACUGUUCAGGGAUUUUGAGUCUCUGUGUUUGUGUAUUCAGUUUUGGAUAUUUUUUGUGCAAUUGUUGGACAAAAUGACUUGCUGUGGUAUUAAUUGCACUAAUAGAGCAUCCAAGGAGUCUCCACUUCAUUUUUUUCGGCAAGUAAAAUUAUAUUUAUGUAUUUUAGGUCACUGCCGAGCUGAGCUUAGAUUUUAACAUGUACUGUUUAACCAUGAAAUUUAAAGGCAAUAGGGUAAACCCCAGUACAUUUAACAUAAUGCUGCACUUUAGAAAAUGGGUUGAAAUAUAACAUGUUGGUGAAGCUGGGUUCCGACUAUCGGCUUGUGGAGCUCUCAGGAGACCUCUGUUUUCCACCCGUUUCUCCCCUCCCCGCAGCUCGGCGCAUCUCUGUCUGAUCGCGGCUUGUGUCUGCUGCGCGGGCUGCCGGCUUUCAGCAGCUUUCGGGAGACCUCUGUGUUCCACCCGGUUUUACCCAGCCAUGGACGUAAUUUUGGGGGGGUGGGACAGGGGGGACAUGUCCCCCCCCCCCCCCUCCCACAUUUUCCAAAGUCAAGUUUUGACCCCUGCACUUUUUACCAUCCAAAACAAUAUUACACUAUAUUAAAUUAACACUGGAUGAGCUCUAGGACCAAGCGGAAAACAACCGUUUGUGUUGAAGUCUGUUUCCCAUUAGAGCAUACCGUAAAGAUACCCCUCCCCCCUCCUCCCUCCCCCGUGUCCCCCCCACUUCUAAAGUGAAAAUUACGUCCAUGUACCCAGCGGUCAGCCCGGCGUAUCUCUGACUCAGAAGCUCUGGUGUUGUGCACAGUUAACUCCGGUUGUAGCUAGGUUGCUACCUCUGUUAGCUUAGCUCCCACCUCCUCGUUAGCUUUAGGUUAGCUUCAGGUUAGCUUGUAGCUAGUUCGACCGGGUGUCGUCAGUUGAUCCCAGCCUUACAGCCCCACCCUCAGCUCCACCUCUCUUCCCUUUUGUGGAAUUGUCUGGGCUUGACGGAACCUGUGACACGGUCAAAAUGGCGGUGGUGGCCACCUCCCAUUUGGCCUCAAAAACGUGUUAUUGGAGCCUAUGGAAAUGAAUUGUCCAGUAUUUAUAUGUCGAUGGGUUUCCCCCACAGAUCACAACAUGCCCUACAGGUUAUAAAUUGUAAGUCGCUUUGGAUAAAAGCGUCUGCCAAAUUAAUAAACACAAACAUAAAUUUAGGUGAACUUGCAUCAGAAAUAGAAAAUCCUGGACUUUGGUGCCGCUUGGCUGUUUUCAGGUGCUCAGCUGGAAUUGUUAAACUGUAAAAUCUUCCCAUAAGUACAGAUCGGGAUGCAUCCUAAUACAUCUUAAGUUUAGGAAGUUUAAGUUUUUUUCUAUUGCACAAAACUAAACAAUUACAGAAUAGAAUAAUCAUAUCUGUAACAUUACUGUUAAUGUUUAAAAUGUUCUGCUAACUUUGCUUUAAAACUUCCUCUGUACUAAAUAUGUUGAAUGAAAAUAAAAACCACAGAAUUUCCGUAAAA